GCCCUCCCCCGCGGCGCCAGCCUCUGGAAUCUGGCAUUGCCCCCACCUCGCCAGUCGAAGUGGGAGUCCCGAUUGGCGGGGCCUCGCCGCCAUACCCAGGCCGAAUGGCGGUUGGGAGGGAAGUCGGCAGAGCUUGGCCUCAGCAUCCGCGCCCCUGUGGAAGGACGGCAGAGGGGAGCCAUUUCACCAGCCUCUCUUCUUCUGGGGUCUCGGGAAACACGCGGUUUCACUAGUUCCAGGCGUCUGCAGAAAGAUUUGAAACAGAAGAUGAUGGCCACUCCGAACCAGACUGCCUGUAAUGCAGAGUCACCAGCAGCCCUGGAGGAGGCCAAGACAUCUGGUGCCCCAGGGAGCCCCCAAACACCCCCUGAGCAUCAUGACCCUGGUGGUUCCCUGCCCCUGACACCCCGGAUGGAGAGCCACUCAGAAGAUGAAGAUCUUGCUGGGGCUGUUGGAGGCCUGGGCUGGAACAGUAGGAGUCCCUGGACCCAGAGCUCAGGGGGCUGCUUAGCUGAGGCCGUACUGGCCCGGAAGAAACACCGUCCGCGGCCGUCGAAGCGCAGAAGGCACUGGCGGCCCUACCUGGAGCUGAGCUGGGCUGAGAAACAACAACGGGAUGAGAGGCAGAGCCAGAGGGCGUCCCGGGUCCGAGAGCAGAUGUUCGCCAAAGGCCAGCCCGUGGCCCCCUGCAACACCACCCAGUUCCUGAUGAAUGACCAAGACCCGGAAGAGCUCAACUUGGAUGUGCCCCCUGGGGUCUCCCACCCAGGUUCCAGUGGGGAGAGUGAGGCCGGGGACAGUGACGGACGGGGCCAAGUGCACGGUGAGUUCCAGCAGAGGGACUUCUCUGAGGCUUACGAGCGCUUCCGCACCGAGAGCCUGCAUGGUCGCAGCAAGCAGGAGCUGGUGCGAGACUACCUGGAGCUGGAGAAGCGGUUGUCGCAGGCCAAGGAGGAGAGCAGGAGGCUGCAGCAGCUGCAGGCAUGCACAGGCCAGCAGUCCUGCCGCCAGGUGGAGGAGCUGGCCGCCGAGGUCGAGAGGCUCCGGACCGAGAACCAGAGGCUUCGGCAGGAGAACCAGAUGUGGAACCGAGAAAGCUGCCGCUGUGACGAGGAGCCGGGUACCUAGGGGUGCCCCGGAGCCUGGUGGACACAAGGAGAAGGUCUUAUUUCAUGCACACUCAGGUCAGCUGGGUCUCAAGGAGGCAGGUGGCAGAUGAAAACCACCCUCAACAUCCUGUGCCCCCUGAGAACGGCUAAGUCGAUUCAGACUCCCACCUCACCAUUUUCACAGUUGGUUCUUCCGUGUCAACCUGUUUUUUACAGAGAAAUUAAAUGGUCUUGGUGGGACCACAAAAAAGUUUUAUUUUCGUUUUGUUUUGUUUUGUUUUGUUUUGUUUUUUCUUGCAGGAACAGUGGUUUAUUGACCAGACAGGCCUCCCCAGCCCGGCCACUGCUCCCCGAGGGGGCUGGAGCUCUGUGGGCUGGCCCUGGCAGAAGGCAGACAAUCCUCUAGGUCCAAGGACAUGCGGGUCACGGAGGUAGGGACUUGGGCCCACACAUCCGAGGAGAGUUCCC